AUGCCCGGAUACGAGCCCGGCGAAGUCAUGGAUAUAGAUGAGUUGUAUUACCGCGGCGAUGAAAACGAUGAGUCGGCGUUAUCUGAGGAUGACCAGAAGAAAGUACAUAUACAAGGUGUAUUGCGUCAGAUUGAAACCCGCCUUGGCGAUAGUACGAUGCGAGAAGCAUUGAAGGGUAUAAUGAAACAUUAUCAAGAUGCGUUCGACAAGGUCAAAGAAUUUUUGGCUGAUCCGGAAAACGAGGAGAGACGGUACGACGGAUGGUCAAGGGAUUGGAAUCUUCGAGAGUCUGACGAGGCGGUCUUUGUGGCCUUCGGUGCAAUGGCCGAUCCUUACAUCCAUGUCUUAAAGAGUGAUCCCAAAAACAAAGAAGCCAAAGCCAAAGUGCGAGACCUGGACGUCCGGCUUCAAACCUGGUUCAAUUCAAACCAGCAAAUGGGAUCAUGGGACGAGCUCAUCGGUUUCUACAAUCAAUUGGCUUCCAUCAUGCCGGAUAGUCAAGCUGAUCACGAGCUCCACCUCCAGCUAGAGGACUUCCUUGAGACAAAUCACUACCCUCUCUCUUGGGCAAUGAGAGCUCCAUUUGCAAGGAGAAGCAGAAAGGCUAGCUCGGAACCUGGGACAGAUGCAGUGAUUGGUGAAGCCCCACCCACAGGAGCCGCGGACACUAUAGCUGUGACUGCAGGGCCUGGGACAAAAGCCGGUGCAGCGGGUUAUAAAGUCCCAACCACAAGAGCCGGAGAGAUUAUAUGUGGCUACAAACACAUAAUUCGCCACUUUGGCGAUAAAGCAAAAAGGGAAAAUGAAUUUGGACGGCAGCUAAUGGAUGAGGAAUGGGACGCGUUCGCCAGCCACGCAUACGUAUUUGCAAUUCUAUCGGAUAGUGGAGCUCUGAUCGGCGAGCUAAGAUCUUUGAAAGACGGGAGUUUGGUCAAGAUUGACAAGCCGCUGCUCACACGAAUCGAAUAUCGUAAACUUCGGAACGGUAAGGACGCGGAUCAUGAUAUUGUGGAGUUCUUCGAGGAGAAUGGCCAAGAACCCCUCAACGAAGUGAGGGGGAGCAGCGGUAAUACUAGGACCGACUUCGAGCGACCGAUGGUCCGAAUGCCCAAGCAAAUAUCGAAUAUCAGAGAAGCUACGGAACCUCUUAGUCAGUCCGAAGUCGUCAACGUGCUCUACGUACAUGAGAAACAGAUGAAGGAGAUGAAGGGACAGAUGGAGAAGAUGGAGAAGGCAGUGAAUUGGGCCAAGAAGUUCCAGACCGCUUGA